AUGGCGACGACGACACGAUGCCUACGAGCCCAAUGGCUGAGACGAAGUGUCCGACGAGCACCCUCAGCACGAUGGCAGUCCUCCUUCUCGCAUCUGGAGAAAGAGAUGAUAGAACGCAAGAUUCCGCCUAUAUUCGACGACCUGACACCACAGUCAAGCUACCGACUGAACACGACCCUCGCCGACUUCCUGUCUGAUGUUACGCCUCCUGCUGUCCUCCCACCAACGGAACCAGCACAAGUCCUGCCGAUACCACACCAUCUGAUCUACUUCGAGCCGACGAAACGACAAUCGCAGAUGCUAGCCGAUGGCACGAACCCUGAUCAAUCACCCGGUGACCCCUUCGUACGUCGGAUGUGGGCUGGUGGAUAUGUGCUGUACAACCACGGCAACCCUUUCACGCUCGACUCCGGACGCGGUGUCUGCGCGGAAUUCAUCCGCUCAGUUACAGUCAAAGGCAAGCCAGGAGAGGAGAAGCUCUUCGUGCGGAUCGAGAGGAGGCUGGCACGAGCAACGAAAGAGGAGAUGCAGCUCCUUGGCCCACCCCAAACCAACAUAUCAGAGAAGGAAACACUAGAACACCGCGUCCGCCAACGCCUAUGGCGAGACAAAGACACAGAUUUCGGUCCUUGCUCGAUCCUAGAAAACCGCAACAUCGUCUUCAUGCGCGCUCGAUCGAAAGAAGAAGCCGCUCGUGAUACGGAGAAAGCGGCUGGCAAGCAAUUGCAGCCCCAACAUAAACCCGAUUUCACGCAUACCAUAACCCCAGACGCCAAACUAUUAUUCCGCUUCAGCGCCUUGACGUUCAAUGCCCACGCGAUCCACUUGGACCCAGAGUACUGUAGAGAAGUCGAAGGGCAUCGAAGCCUGCUUUUCCACGGCCCAUUGAGCUUCGUGUUCAUGAUCACGGUCCUGCAGCAGCAAUUGCGGAAGCAAGGGAAUGAGGUCGUCAAGUCGGUGGAGUAUCGAAAUCUGGCGCCGUUGUAUGCGCAUGAGGCUGUCACUUUCUGUGGCACGAAGGUCGCGGAGAAUAAGUGGGAGAUUUGGACGCAGACACCGCAGGGCGGGCUUGCUGUGAAGGGCACCGUCGUCACCGAGCCAGGAAGUAUCGAUCGCUCGAAUCUAGACGUGUAA